AUGUACGCGGAUCUUCAAAACGCCUUCUUCGUCUCGCCAUCCUCUUCAUUUGCAUUUGACUCCUUACGUGAAGCGAUAGACCUCACAACCUCAUUCAGUGGUCAUUCACGGCCCACUCUGCCUCCUCCAAAAGCUUCCAAGCCUGGAGCGGGAACAAGCCUGCUCUGCAGCCCCACAAAUGAGAUAUCUCAAAUGAACGCUUCGCCGUUUCGACCAAAAUACCCGCUCAACUUAUUUACGAAAUCGUAUUGCAACGGUCCUGAGACGCGUCCGAAGGUGGAGUUGCCCUUUGCGGACGAGGGACAACCCGAAAUACAAAGGGCAAUGAUGGCAUUGGAAGCAGAAAGCACUUUUCCAGUGAACGGACGUCUGUGGCACUAUCCUGAUGGCAUGCUGGUAAUGAAUCGUGGUGGCCAAUGUCAUACCUCGCUACAGAAACGCUCAUUCCGUCCAGUAAAACGUAAUCGUCGAGGAGAUUCUCCCACCCACACACCACAUCUGCAUCCACUACCGAUCCCACCACCCUUCCUUUUUCCAGGUCCACCUCCACCUGCACCUGCACCUCCUCCACCACCACCACCUCAGCCAUCACCCAUGUCUCAGGUGUCUUUGGGCUUACACCCUGGACCACUAGAUCUUGCUCAACAAUUCUUUACCUCAGUUGCUAUCGCCCCGAAUCCCAAUGCACCACAAAGUGGAGAGAUUUCUGUGAUGGAAGAAUUGGUCUCCUGUCGGCUGUGCUCCAAACAAUUUACAACUCAACAUGGACUGAUUGUUCACUUAAGAAGGUCUCACAAAGAGAAGAAUUUAUUGGAUUGUGAAACGUCGUGUCUCCAGAACUCCCGGACAAACGAUGUAUGCGAGCUCACUCGCCGUGGUGGUGUCAAUGAGGGCGCCGUCACGAUGAAUGAGAGGUCGUUUCAUUGCAGCCACUGUGGAAAGGCUUUUAAGAGAUCAUCAACGCUGAGCACACACCUCCUCAUUCACAGUGGAACACGACCUUAUCCUUGCCAGUACUGUGGUAAACGCUUUCAUCAGAAAUCGGAUAUGAAGAAGCACACGUACAUUCACACAGGUGAGAAGCCCUAUAAAUGCAAUCUGUGCGGCAAGGAGUUCAGUCAAUCCUCAAACCUUAUUACGCAUUCCCGUAAACACACUGGUUUUAAGCCAUUCUCGUGCAACUUCUGUUCUCGCGCCUUUCAACGGAAGGUCGAUUUGCGUCGUCAUUUGGACACACAGCACAACGAUCCCAAUUCCAUCUCCACUGUUGGCACCGGCGCCUCUGUAGUUGGCGUAAUCAAAAAGUCACCAAAAGAAGUGCUGUCCACACGUUCCAGCAUUAAAUCGGUCUCUACCACCGAUUUCCCAUCCGCUCAACGUGCAUCCACUGUGGAGUUGUCCAAAUCGACUACUACGCCAGAAGCUGCAAGUGCAUCCCAAUUCGCCUACUCCAUUGAACGCAUCCUCUCGUGCUAA